GCCGCAGGCAGUAAAGCGAGAUCUUUUCUGCCGGAAGCCUCGCUGCCUCGUUGCAGUGCGGACUGAUUGCGCCUUCGGCGACGCCAUGCCCAAGUGCCCUCGUUGUCAGAAGGAGGUCUAUUUCGCUGAAAAAGUCACCUCCCUUGGGAAAGAUUGGCACCGGCCAUGUUUGAAGUGUGAAAAAUGCAAGAAGACUUUAAAUGCAGGUGGCCAUGCAGAGCAUGAUGGGAAACCUUAUUGCAACUACCCCUGCUAUGCUGCACUGUUUGGACCCAAAGGGUUUGGCCGUGGAGGUGCUGAAAGCUACACUUUCAAUUAAAACUUGGAGUGGAAGGAUGAAUUUUGCUGAUUCCAGGUGGAGUUCAUAAGAAGUAUAACCACAAUGUGUUUUCCCUAGAAGUGAAUAUAAUGGUGACUUCAAAGGAGGGGGGAUGAUAAUUGAAUGGGGGUUUCCUCUUUAACAUCAGUUGAGAAAUAUAAUCAUGUAGAAACUAGGAAAUAAUAGCAUUGGGGGCAUCAUAGAAAAGCACGGAAGUUAAAAAAAAAUCAAAGCCUGAUUUAGAUCUUUUCUUUUAUUAUUUUUCUAACUUACAAAUAAAAUCUUAAAUCAAAAGAGACUUGCAGAGUUUCAAUGAAUCAGAAAAUGGACAUAAAAAUCUGGGAAACAUUUACUGAUGUUCGUUAAGAAAGAAUUUCAGAAUUAAGAAUUUAAAUUCUUUAAGAAAGAAUAUCCAAAAAUGUCUUCAGAAUUAUUUUUAGUGAACUCAUGUGAAAUGAACAUAUUUUUAGUGAACUCAUGUGAAAUGAACAUUUUUUUAGUGAACUCAUGUGAAAUGAACGCUUAUUGCAUCCAGUGAAACUUGCAUUUUGAAUUUAUAAAUUUGCAAUUCAGACUGAAAUCCAUUGGGAAGCAAUUGUUUGAUUGUAUAAUCAGCAACCAAGUACAUAAUCUGCAGAGCAUAGAUGUAUAUUUGUGUUAAAGCAUUCCGAGAGAGGCUGGUUGUUCAUUUUUACUCAGCACUAGCAAGCUGUUUAAUUUACUGUACAAUAUAUAUAUAUUGCAGUGGGUAUAAUUUGCAGUAGAAAACAAGUGAGGAUAAUAUAUUGUUUACCUGACUCUCCCUUACCUUCUUUAGCUCCUUUUCCUCGAUAUAUUUUUCCAUACUUAUAUUUAGGCAAGUCUAGGCCUCUAGUAAGGUUAAUAUGGGUUUGACUCUAUAUUGAAGCUGAAAAGUGUAUGGCAGUAGCAAGGCCCCCACCCAAAAUGGCCCCAAAUACGCAGUAAUGUAACUAUGUUUUAAGAAAUAAAGUAUAUGGUAUAAGAAGUCUAUUA